AUGUGCGUGAACUGUUCCCGCAACCACAGCAGCGGCUGGAGCCCGGGCAGCGGGGAGCCGCAGCCUGAGCUGAGCCCCGGCCAGAGCCCGGGGCACCCUGUGCUGUUCAGCCUGACCCUGUCCCUGUGCCUGCUCACCCUCCCGGGCAGCCUGUACUCCCUGCUCCGCCUGCUCAGGGCUCCCCGGACCUGCCUGACCGUCCUGGUGGCCUCCAUCUCUCUGGACGACGCCCUGAGCCUGGUGCCCUGCUCCAUGUUCCUGGCCAUGCAGUGGGACAGGCGGGGGCUGCCCGCCUCCCUGUGCCAAGCCUCGGCUCUGCUCUACGCGCUCCAGGCGCUGGCCAACGUGCUGAAGUCCACCCUCCUCCUGCUCUACCACCAGGGCGUGUGGGCGUGGGCGGGGUGGCACUGGGCACCCAAGCUGGUGCUGCUGAGCUGGGUCGCCAGCCUGGCCCUCAGCCUCCUGCCCCUGUGCGGCUGGGGCUCCUUCGUGCCCACCCCCUGGGGGUGCCUGGUGAACCCGCAGAGCUCCUACACCCUCCUCCUGGUGUCCGUGUACGCCCUGUGCCUCUGCGCUCUCGUCCUCUGCUCCGUGCCCCUGACUUACAGACUGCUCUGCUCGGAGGAGCAAGAGAGGCAUCUCUACCCCGCUUACUACCGAGUCAGCGAGAGCGUCUCCCUGGCCGCUGGCCCCUCGACCUCGGAGGAUCCAGUGGAGAAGACUUUGAAGAGCUUGCAAGGGGGCGGACAAGCCGGCAGCCUCUCCCAGUUGGCUGACACUGGGGUGUCAGGCAGACCCCAUUCUCCAGAAGCCAGUGUCAGUCCCACCAACAAGGUUUCCUUCACACAGAAGCGCUUUUCCCUCAUCCUGGCUGUGAGCAAGAUUGUCCUGUGGCUCCCCAUGAUGAUCCAGUUACUAGUGCACCACGUGACCAGGUUGCAGAGUGUCUCCAUUGAUUCGCUGAGCUUCAUGCUAACUCUGCUGGCGACUGCUGUAACCCCCAUCUUCGUCUUGUCCGAACACUGGCUCCAGCUCCCGUGCGGCUGCAUUAUCAACUGCAAGAGAAGUGUGUACACAGUGGCGUCUCACCCCACCAGAGCAAAACGAAGAGGCUUUGAGUUCAAUCUCUCUUUCCAGCAAGGCUACGGGAUCUAUAAGAUAUCACAAGCAAACAGCUGCAAUAGUGAGGGAUGCAAAACUCUCUCUCACCACAAUCUCAAUGCCUACCUCCCUGAGGCCAGCAAAGCACCUGAGGACACCAGGCAAUAUCAGGGCAACGCAAAGAUUGAGAUCAGCACCAGCUCCCCACAGGCUGAGCGAGCUCAGGCCAGAGAGAGUGUGAGCCAAGCCACAGAGGAGAAACUCCCCGAGCAGCCAGGCACAGCGCCACCACCUAGCCCGCAGCCCAGACCAGCCCAGGAGGGUGAUCGCAAGCUGGAGCUCACAGACUGGGAGUGGUGCCGGAGCAAUUCCGAGCGCACUCCACGGCAGCGAGCUGACGGCUUAUCCAUUCCUCUCUGUGCGUUUCAAGGCACCGUGUCCCUCCACGCCCCCACGGGGAAAACCCUCUCGCUCUCCACCUACGAAAUGAGUGGCAAAGGGCAGAAAAUAGUCCCCGUGUCCAAGAAGAUCGAAGUUUACCGUUCCAAAAGCGUGGGGCACGAGCCUAGCGGCACCGAGGCCAGCGACUUCGCUGACACCAAAGUUAAGAUCCAUCUGGAGGUGCUCGAAAUCUGCGACAAUGAGGAGGCGUUGGACACAGUCUCCAUCGUGAGCAACAUCAGUCAAUCCUCCACCCACACUCGCUCGCCCUCGCUCCGUUACUCCCGCAGAGAAAACCGCUUUGUCUCCGUUGACUUGGGCGAGUCGGCAUCGUAUUCCAUCCUCAUCCCGACCAAUAACUCCAGUGGUGACAUUAUCUCCAUCCCAGACACGGUGGAGGCUCACCGACAGAACAGCAAGAGGCAGCACGGAGACAAAUCGGGGUACCGCGAGGAGAUCCAGGUGUUAAACGAGGCGUAUCGCCAGAGAGAGGAGGGGUCGCAGCAAUCCUGAGGGGUGAGGAGCACCUCUCCCUCCCCCCCCACAUCUCGCCUGUCACAGGGCAAAGCUGGCCACACUGACCACUCCUUUCCUCUUGUUUGAUGUUCCACUUCGCUGUACUGUGACUGCAGUGUCCCGUGUCGCUUUGCUGCUCACUGUAAAGCUUUGAAGCAGGAAUGACAUGGUUGGUGUUAGCAAAGUAGUAGAUGAUAUGGGCCAGAUGGGUAUAGUUUGGAUCCCAAUUUGUGGUGAAUUAUCAGCUGAUCUGAGCCGGGGCAGCAGUCAGGCAAAACUCAGCCAGUCUGAUUGCUGGAAGGUCUGUGUGUGUGUCUAUGUGUGUAUGUAUGCGUGUGUGAGAGAGAGAAGAAAUGAGGCUACAAUCCCUCCCAUAGGCUGCCUCACUAAGUGUCAGAGCUCACUUAUGAACAAUCAUCAUUUGGGUGACGCACGAAACAACGCUCAAGGAACACUAACCGAGUAGAAAGGAAAAAAGAAUCGAGAAAAUUGCUGUGUGAUGUAGAUGAUGAGCGUAUCAAAUGCACUGCAAUUAGCACUAAGCUAUUUGAUGCACAAAUGAGAGAUAGGAAUUAAGAAUAGCGUCAUGUCUCUGGAGUGCUGAGAAAUUCAAUUUCUGUUAGGUUUUGAUACGUGGAAUCAUUUUUGUAACACUGGAAUGACGUGUUGAGUCUUUGUCUCUCUCUCCCCCCCCAACCCCAUUAGUGGCAGUGCAUGUCAGCCACACUUGCCAAGACGUGGUUCAGACAGCUGUAAUGUGCCUUUUAGACAAAUUAAAGGAGCAGCCUUUAAAGUGAUCCUUCCCUGAGAUGAAGCGAGAGGAGCUUUAAGCUGUAAAGUAACCACUCACACCUCGUCCCCUGGUGGGUUUAUAAC